UUAUUGGAGUGUGGUAUAAUCUGUGUGUGUAUGUGAUGAUUAAUAAGGUCCAGAUCAACAGGUUUAUCUUCGGUACAGUAAUACAAUCUGUAAGAUGACGCUAUGGAAGACCACGCCCUUUAGUUGCUACAGCAACCCUUUGUAGUUGUGUGAGUGUCCCGGUAGCCCCGCCCUCCUGAAGCCACGGAAGCCACGCCCUAAAAAAACAGAGAGACACCUGACGGACAAAGAGCAGGUAGGUAGACUGUGCCGAAUCUUCUCUAGAGAGAGAGAGAGAGAGAGAGACGGGGGGAGCAGAGUGGGCAGCAUGGCCGCUGAGGAGUCUCUGUACCUGAGGACCGUGCUGUCCCUCCAGGACUCGGUGAAACCCGACGACUCGAGCUUAGCGCUGCCGACCGAGGAGCGCUUAUCUCGGCCAGACUCUCCCAGCGGACAGAGCCAGCGGCGCUGCAGAGUGGAGCAGCAAGUGCAGCUCACCCUCUCCCGGAAAGGAAAACGACCCACGACUCUCACAGGUAGCCAGUCUAGUGGCCAACUAUCAUCCACCACACCAGUCAGAAAUGGCACAAUGAAGGUUUCAUCAGUUGGGUCCAUUAGACCAGCAAGAAGGGUGGAUGUUUCCCACUGGCCAAUUCCAGAGCUCCCCCAGGUUAAUGGAAGCUAUGGGAUAUUUAGGCAUGGCCCUACUGGAAACGGCUUCCACUGGGGCUCUGCAGCCUUUACUCUACCUGCCAUGCGAUCCGUGCAUUCAGCUGACCGCCUACAGGUGAUGGCCCCCUCAUGGCACAGUGCCCACUCUGAGGUGCUCCAGAACACCCGGCCGUUUGUGUUGGCCCGCUCCACCACUUUACAGCUUCCCAGCAGGCCCAUCUGUGAGGAUGAUGCUUUGGAUGACGUGUUCCUGCCUGAUGGACCACACGUCACUCCCCUCAGAUCAGAGCAUCAGCAGGUGUUUCUAGAGAGGCAGAAUAUGCAGAGGUCUCUCAGUCAGCCUGGAGAGAAGCUGUUUGGGUCACAGGACUUGACCUGGCUGGUGGCUCGUGGUACGAGGGAGGGGUUGGGGACUUUAAGCAGGCGGCCUUCACAGACAGCCUCACUUUUCAACGCUGAUGUGCACACAAACGGAGCGGUAGUGGCCGAAGAACAUGAGGUCCAGCGAGAAGCAAGGGUCACAUCAGUAAAAAGAGGAAAGCCAGCUGCAGAAAUGACACUGAAGAGAGCAGUGAAUCUGCUUUCUGAGGAGAAUUCAGCAGUGCAGGUGACGGCUGCAAAGUUCGUACAGAAUCAGUGCUUCAGCAGUGCAGAUGCCAAGAAAACCAUGUUCCACCUGCGAGGAAUCCCGAAGCUGCUGAAGCUUCUGGACUCUGAGAAUGAGGACCUACAGCAGGCUGCAGCAGGAGCUCUCCGAAACAUUGUCUUUGAGAACAGUGACAACAAAAUGGAGGUGAAAGACUGCAAUGGUGUUGCCGUGAUCCUCCGCCAGCUCAAUAUCAACCGCGAUAUUGAGAUGCGACGGCAGCUCACCGGUCUGCUGUGGAACCUGUCCUCUCACGACAUGCUGAAGGAGCACCUGGGCAGAGAUGCAGUAAAGCCACUCACUGACAGCGUGCUGGUGCCCUGCUCCGGUGUCUCAGAGGGGGAGGACCCUAAACUAGAGCUGCUGGCUGAUGCUGAAGUUUUCCUCAAUGCUACAGGCUGCUUGAGAAACAUCAGUUCAGCUGGGCCGAAUGGUCGUAAAGCCAUGAGAGACUGUGACGGACUCAUCGAUUCUCUUGUUUAUUAUGUCCGCGGGACCAUUGCAGAUUACAAACCUGAUGACAAGGCUUUAGAAAACUGUGUGUGUAUCCUGCAUAACCUGACCUAUCAGUUUGAACUGGAGCUUCCAGAAACGCUCAGACCAGUGGUGCAGGAGUCCAGACAGAGUCUUGCAGUGGAGACCCACACGCCAGGCUGCUUCAGUGUCAAGAGUUCCAAAAUCCAGGAGGAGGACAAUCUCUCAGAGUCAGACUGCCCCCUGCUGGAGGAAAACGGAAACCCUUGUGGUGUGGAGUGGCUGUGGAGUGCCAUCACCAUUCGCAUGUACCUGUCUCUUGUUGCCAUUAGCAACCGGCAGCUGACGCAGGAGGCAUCCAUAGGAGCCAUGCAAAACCUCACGGCAGGAACCGGAGGGGUAUCACAAGCUGUAGCCCACAUCAUAGUGCUGAGAGAAAGCGGCCUCCAACAGAUGAAGAAGAUGCUCCAGGAGGGAGAGGAGGGGGUCAUAAAGGUCUCUGUGUGUCUUAUUAAGAACCUGUCCCGCUACAAAGAACUGCACCCACAUAUUAUUAAACAGGUGUUGCCAGAGCUGGUUGCCAUGCUGCCUACAUCUGACACAAACUCUGAACAGCCUGUGGAGAUCACGUCAGUCUGCCACAUUCUUAACAAUCUGAGCCAAGCUUCUGUACAGAACAUCCACGCCAUCCUCAACCACGGAGUGCUGCCCAGGAUCAUCAGAAUCAGCAGCAAAGACCACAGAUAUGGACCCACGCGAGCUGGUCAGGCUGCUGGUGUUCUCCUGCAGACCCUGUGGAAGCAUUCUGAACUUCAUGGAAGCUAUAAAAAGGCUGGAUAUAGGAAGGCAGACUUCAUUAACAGCAGAACGGUGAAGGCUGUCAAUUCUGCUCGUGACUGACGUCAAGCGGAAAACAAGAUUGCAAAGAAACUAAACAAAAAAGUUUUCAAAAAUGUCAAAUUGAGACAAAAAUCUGGAAAAGGCUUUUGUCUACAAGUAUGAAUGUUAUAUGUGUAAAUGUAAUAUUUUCACAAUUGAGGCGUUUUGUAGUGUUUUUAUAUCUGUAUGGUAUCUGUAUAAAAGUCUUUGUUUGUAUUUUUUAUUAAACUACUGUAUUUUCA